CUUCCUGCAUCUCUGGUGUUACUUUUCCCCCAGAAAGCCACAUUCUCCGCUUCUCUCAACUACGGUUCAGAGUUCGAACGCUGAACCCAAAUAUUGUUUCUUACUCUUUGAUUGUCUUCAUCCUAAACUUGUUUUCUUCUUCACCGCAUUUCGUUCUCGUUACCUCUUAGCGUCUACGGCUCUAUUCUUUUCUUGAUCUUCCGUAGGCUGCCUUCUUCUGGCUGAUUCACAGAAAUUCCAUGGCAGCUGGCACAAUGGCGACCGCAGCCGGAGCGGCGGUGGUGCUGUACUUUGUCCUGAGUAGGAGGCUAGCGAGGAAGGGGAUUGAAGAUGAGGAUCCGGAUGGGGAUUCCUCGAAAUCCAGUAGAUCGAUUAGACGGAAGAGGCUUGCUCGGAGGCCAGCUCAAGCUCCGGCAACUCUGUUGGAAUCGAUUGUUACUUUAACCGAAACUUUGAGGUUCACUUAUUCGGAGACUUUGGGCAAGUGGCCCAUCGGCGACUUGGCCUUCGGCAUUAAUUAUUUCAUGCGCAAGCAGGGCAAUUUACCUGUUGCAAGUGUAUAUGCGGGUAAUGAUUGUGUACUUCUCAGAGGCCCCGAAAUUAUAGCGGAGUUGUAUAGUCUCUUGAGGUUGUUGACUCUAUGUAUGCAUUUCUCGAAGAAACCUUUUCCUGUAUUUUUAGAGUCUUCGGGAUUCUCAGUGGACGAUGUCCUUCUACAGAAGCCCAAAGCUGGGCUUUUGAAACCUGCUUUCACAAUUAUACGUGAUACAAGAUCAAAAUGUUUCCUUCUAUUGAUUCGAGGUACUCAUAGCAUUAAAGACACAUUGACAGCUGCAACUGGUGCUGUGGUCCCUUUCCAUCAUUCCGUUUUGAAUGAUGGUGGCAUAAGCAACUUAAUUUUGGGAUAUGCACAUUGUGGCAUGGUUGCGGCUGCACGUUGGAUUGCAAAGCUCUGCACUCCUUCUCUACAUAAGGCUCUUGAUGAAUAUCCUGACUUCAAAUUAAAGGUUGUUGGGCACUCACUCGGAGGUGGUACUGCAGCACUGUUAACCUACAUUCUUAGAGAACAGAAGGAGUUCUCCUCAACUACCUGUGUCACAUUUGCCCCAGCUGCCUGCAUGACUUGGGAAUUAGCAGAAUCAGGGAAGCACUUUAUCACUACUAUUAUAAAUGGUUCUGACUUAGUGCCGACAUUCUCAACUUCUUCUAUUGACGAUCUACGUUCUGAGGUGACUGCAUCUUCUUGGUUGAAUGAUUUGCGGGAUCAAGUUGAGCGUACGAAGGUCCUGAAUGUUGUCUAUCGCUCUGCAACUGCCCUUGGAUCACGUCUGCCAUCAAUAUCUAGUGCGAAAGCCAAGGUAGCUGGUGCAGGUGCUAUUCUCCGGCCAGUAACCAGUGGCACUCAGGUCGUGAUGAGGAGUGCACAAAGUGUUGCUGAAGCUGUUGUCAGAACUCGCUCAUCAUUGUCAUCAUGGUCUUGCAUGAGUGCACGCCGCCGAAGUGUUGGCCCGUCUCCUAACUCUAAAAUGGAGAGUUUAGGUGAAGCCGCUGUAAUAUCUGAGACAACUACUGAAUCUCUUUUGACUGAAGAGGUAGCCAGAGAGCCUAUCUCAAGUGAGCAUGCUUCCUCUAAUGACAGAUUGGACUCCGAUGAGAUAGAUGAAGAGGAACAACUCAUCCAUGCGAAUCAAGAUAUCACCACUUCUACCAUAGACGACAUCACUGAAGGUGAAUUGUGGUAUGAACUGGAAAAGGAGCUUCAAAAACAAGAUAGUACCCUAAAUAUUCAUGCUCAGGAAGAAGAGGCAGCUGCAGCAAAAGAGAUCACUGAAGAAGAGAUUCAGCUUGCUGAUGCUGCUGAAUGCAGCAAUCCAAUUGCAACAUCUGACAGCUUGGACAGCCACCACUUUUAUCCCCCUGGCAGAAUCAUGCAUAUUGUCUCUGUGCCUCAUCCCUCAGAUGAUUCAAAUUCAACUUCUGAUGAUCCCAUUGAGGAUCAUGUCUGCUUAUAUGAAACACCUAGAGAGCUGUACAGCAAGCUUAGACUUUCUAAAACUAUGAUAAAUGAUCAUUAUAUGCCUAUGUACAAGAAGAUGAUGGAACUACUAAUCCGAGAACUUGAAAAAGGUAGUGAUUGUAAUAUUGUUAUGUGAA